AUGGUGCGGCUUGUCCUGACACGAGUGGCGAUCCGCGACCCACCGCAGAAUCCCAGCCAUCUGCUCGUGCGGCCCGAAGUCAGAGCGCAGUACCAGAAGGAGAUUUCGCCAGUCCCCGGCCACAGCAUGGACCUUGUGGAAACCAACGCGCCCGGAGAUGGCAUUUUCUGGCGCUUCCAGCAGUUUGGACUGCUGAAGCUUUGCUGCCUGUUUUUCGGCAGCUUUGCUGGAUCAUCUGCGAAUAGGUUUUUCUGCACGGAUACUCCGACGCUGGGGCAUCACAAGCUGAAGCGAGACUUUCCAGAACAGGGGGACUCUGUGUAUGCUGGACGAAUGGACAACUCACAUAUGGAAUGUGAUGGAGUUUCGGAGGGGGUGUUCAUCACCCGUCCCACAGCAGAUUCUUCCGAAUUCUCGGUGACAGUUAUGUUUGUUCUUCCUCAUGCACAGUGGAAGUGGGCAGGUUGGGCUUUGCCGCACAUCGUGCGGCUAGCCCACUUGGCAGAGAGGUGCAUCCAAUGGUUACUGAACAGACCGGGUAUUGCAGAGCUUCGCAAGCUGGACGAGGAGCACUACGUUGUCCUCGCCAUUUCAUGCACCAAAAGAGGUCCCCCACUACUUCCGGCCGGCGAGGACUCCACGGAGUCGAUCGGCAUCCAGGCCGGAGAAGCCAUUGGCUUCCCGAAGUGGCGACGCUUCACAGGAUCGUCCGGCGAACAGUUUAACUUGGCCUUGUACCUCCAAGACUUCAUGGCCAGUCUGGACGAAGACGUAAAGAUCUACAGCCAGAUGGAUGGCCGCCCACUGGUAUACUAUCAGUGCGCAAUCAGUCGCCGCGAUUGGCAUCAGGUACGUGACCGGUUUCAAAAGGUCUUCCACCUGCAGAAGGCAGCUUACCGUCGUGCAAACGGCGGGUCGAACGCCCCAAGCUUGACAGAGGACGCUGUGCCACGAUUCGUUUCCAAAAUUCGCCAUUCCAGCGACAACCACGCUCCAGGACUUCCCGUACAGAAGAUCGUGGUGCGCCGGACAUUCGUGGAGAACGUGCCUGAUGACGAGUCUGAGCUAGAGGACCUGGAAUGCAUAACCAAGUCGAAAAGUGAGAUCGUGUGGAGAUCGGAUCGAGUUCUGUCUUCGGGAUAG